CUCAUGAAGGUUUUGGCAGAUGCUCUAAAGAGUAUUAACACUGCAAAGAGAGGCAAAUGCCAACUUAUUAGGCCAUUCUCCAAAAUCAUCAUCCGGUUUCUGACUAUGAUGAUGAAGCAUGGUUACAUUGGUUUAUUUGAAAUCACUGCUGAUCACAGAGCUGGGAAAAUGGUUGUGAACCUCACGAGCCGAUUAAACAAGUGUGGCGCCAUCAGCCCCAGAUUUCGUGUACAACUCAAAGAUCUAGAAAAAUGGCAGAAUAAUCUGCUCCCAUCCAGCCAAUUUGGUUUCAUGGGACUGACAACCUCAGCUGGCAUCAUGGACCAUGAAGGAGUAAGAUGAACGCACACAGGG